GCCACACCUAACAUAUGUUCACUAUUUUUAGAAGAAAACAACACGUAGCUCAUGAUUUUAAUUUAUUUUGCUUGAUUGUCAUGAAAAUAAUCGAGUAAAGAGUUUGUAAUAAAGAUCAAGGAAAAUGAGGAGCUUCAAUGUAGGAGUACCAGAAGUUACGCUUCUGUUGGCUAUAAUAGCAGCAGCGGGGUCCCAUGAGGCCAAGGAUUUUGACGACUCGAUUUUGUACAAGAUUGAUUUUGAAGUGCCGGAGCUGAUUGGACAACCAGAUCUGGGAAACCAGCUGAGGACUUUUUACACUUCAGAUAAGGAGAAGUAUGAAUGCUUGAUCCCAAGCUUGGAGCGCCCGAAGGAGGAGUCGAAGUCCGACAAGCCGGAAUUGUCUCCCCUUAGCCUGCUGCAGCCCAUUUUCUCAGCUCUAACCUGCUCGUAUCGCAUUGAAGCCUACUGGUCCUACGAGAUUUGCCAUGGACAUCAUGUGCGCCAGUACCAUGAGGAACGCGAGGGCAAGAACGUUAAGUUCCAAGAGUACUACUUAGGAAAGUGGGGUGAGGAGAAGACAGAACAACUAACCAAGGCUUUGGAGGCAAAUGUUAAAGAAGGAAUCAAGCCCAAGUACAAGACCCUAAGAAUCGACAAUACCCGAUAUCCUUACUUCGAGAUGGAGUUCAGCGACGGAACAAUGUGUGAUAUUAUUGAUGCUCCUCGUACAACAAUGGUACGCUAUGUGUGCUAUCCCCACGGCAAGGACGAUAUCUACUCCUUCAAGGAGAUUUCAUCGUGCAACUACGAGGCCAUUAUUCUUACUUCUGCACUUUGUGCCAUUCCCGGCUUCCAUGCCGAGGAGUCAAAGGAACUAUCCAUAAAAUGUUUCAACUCUGAAACAGAACCACAUAAGCCACUAAGCUUAUUGCGCGCUGAGUUGAGCGAGUGGGCCGAGUCCGAAUCGGAUCUCUUGGUCUCCAAAGAAAAGGACAGUAAACCCUCCCAGAAACUGUGGCCACAAGAACAAGUUACCGUUAAAUAUAGUGGCGACGUAGAUAAAAUAAUACUGGACCUGAUGAGUAACGGCGAAAUUGAGGUAGACAGUGAUUUGCACCAGUUCCUGUUGUCCCGUGCCGCCACUGGAGCAAUUCCCACGCCUCUAAAUGAUUUGACGCCCAUUCAGGAAUUCAUCUCGGGCAAGAAUUGCUUAACCGGGGGAAACGGUUGGUGGAAGUACGAGUUCUGCUACGGGAGACACGUUCGUCAGUUUCACAAAGAAAAAACAAGCGAAGUGGAGAUGUUCUUAGGCUAUUUCUCUGAAGAUGAUCACCGCGAGUGGGCCGCUUCAAAUCCCGAAAAAGGAGCACGACGACCGGGCUUCUCCUCCUCCAUCUGGCAUCAUUACGGAAAGGGCACCCACUGCGAUCGCACUGGAUUGCCCCGGGAAGUAGAUGUGAAGUUAACCUGCACACCAGUCACAACGAGUGGCACGGCAGUUUCCAUGUAUCUGCUGGAGCCAAAAACUUGUCAGUACAUCCUGGUGGUGGAGUCGCCGACUAUCUGUGAUCUCAUGCAUUACGCUGAUUCCCACGGUCUGGUCAAACCCGAGAACCUAAAUAAGGUCCCCGUCAGUGGUAAUGAAUCGCCAGCCACUCCGGCUCCGACACUGCCCACCAAAGGACGUACGGCCAGUUUGGAGGAGGAGAUUCGUUCCUAGACACUCUCGUAUUCCAAUUGUAGUGAAUUAAUUCUAAAAAUAAAUGUAAUUUUUAAAAUAUA